UUACUUGAUGGUGCACUUAUUCAUGGGGGAAUUACUGAACUGAGCCUUUCAAACUUACCUCCUGUUACAAAUAUGGAUAGUAUUGGAGAACCCUUCCUGAGAGCUGUUGUAUCAUUACUGUCUAGACUUUUUGUGGAUGAUGUAUGGGGAAAGGACAAGGCAAUAUUUCUUUUUUAUCUGCUUCAGAAUAAACUCCAUAUUGGGGAAACAUUAAAUAUAAAUUGUUUGAGGAUAUUUCCUUCAGUUAUGAGUGUAAUCAUUCGACCGCUGAGUUUUCCAUUUGACAAAGACAAUGCAAACAUGCAGUCUGCUUCUUCUGAAUGUUGUGAAGUACAAGAGGCUAUUAUGGACUGGCUCCAGCGAACUGAGUCUUUUCCGCCCUUAAAUGCAUGGCAAACAGGAGAAGAUUGGUUCCACCUUGUCAUAUCCUGCUAUCCUGUACGACCAAUUGAAGGAGGGAAAGAGUUAAGACCAGAAAGAUAUGUCAGUUCUACUGAGAGAAUGCUACUGUUGGAAUUAUUUCGGAAGCAGAGAAAGAAUUCUGCAUUAUCUGUGAUAAACAAGCUGCCGGUUGUGCAAAUUUUGUUAUCAAAAUUGAUUCUGGUUGCAGUUGCUUAUUGCUGGGAAGAAUUUAGUGAUGAUGAUUGGGAGUUUGUUUUAUACCGUUUUAGGUGGUGGAUUGAAGCAGCAGUCAUUAUGAUGGAGGAUGUUGCUGAGAAUGUGAAUGAUGUUAUGACAGAUGGUUCUGGUUGUGAACAGUUAGAAGUUACGCUGAAGAGGGUCAACGAUACCGUUUCAGUGAAGGGCUCUACUCCUAUACAACUCGCAAGCAAUGCUCUAAUUGGGUUUUCUCUGUUUUGCAACAUAAGUGGUCUUGAAGCAAAAGAGCAUGCUGAUGUUUCUGAUACCUUGAAGAGUGACAGAUGGGAGAUGGCCAAAGACCGAAUUAUAGAAGGUGUUCUUCGGUUGUUCUUUUCUACUGCUGCUACGCAGGCUAUGGCAAGUUCUUAUUGUAGUGAAGCUUCCUCAAUUGUAGCAUCAUCUAUCCUUGGUCAUUCUAAGUUCUGGGACUUGGUGGCAUCACUUGUUGUUGAGUCCUCUUCAAUUGCAAGAGAGAAGGCGGUAAAAUCAGUUGAAAUUUGGGGCCUAAGUAAAGGGCCUGUUAGCUCCUUGUAUGCAAUGCUAUUUUCUGCCGUGACACUUCCUUCCCUAAGAUGUGCUGCUUAUGUUGUUAUUCUUUCAACCGAACCUGUGUCUCACUUAGCUUUGCACACUGCCGACAAGACAAGUUCCUCUGAUGGAGAUGCUUGCAACAACCAGGACACUGACGGUUCUACUGAAGAAAGUCUUCAUCUUAGGGAAGAAGUUUCUUCCCUGCUGGAAAAACUACCAUUUGAAGCUCUUGAAAUGGACUUACUUGCGUUUGAAAGGAUAAAGGUCUUUCUAGCUUGGUCUUUGUUACUUUCACAUCUAGUGUCGCUACCAUCUUCAUCACCCCUGAGGGAGAGAAUGGUUCAGUACAUUCAAGAGUUUGCUACUUCAACAGUAUUAGAUUGUCUUUUCCAGCACAUCCCUUUGGAAUUUUGUGUGCCAUCAAGCUUGAAAAAGAAGGAUUCGGAACUUCCACCUUCAGUGUCAGAAGCAGCGAAAUCUGCAACUCAUGCCAUCACUUCUAGUUCUGUGUUAUUUUGCUUGGAAUCACUUUGGCCUGUCAGACCAGAAAAAAUUGCUUCACUUGCUGGUGCAAUUUUCGGCCUCAUGCUUUGUAUUCUUCCAGCUUAUGUUCGAGGGUGGUUUAGUGAGAUACGUGACCGUUCUACUUCAUCUGCCAUUGAAUUUUUCACUAGAGCAUAUUGUAGCCCCCCUCUGAUUAUGAAUGAACUCUCCCAGAUAAAAAAAGCCAAUUUUUCUGAUGAGAAUUUCUCGGUCAUCGUAAGCAAAUCUGCUAAUGAAGUGGUGGCCACUUACACAAAAGACGAAACAGGAAUGGACCUAGUAAUUCGUCUUCCGGCAUCUUACCCACUGAGGUCUGUGGAUGUAGAUUGUACCAAGAGCCUUGGCAUUAGUGAGGUUAAACAGAGAAAGUGGCUAAUGUCAAUGAUGUCAUUUCUUCGUAAUCAGAAUGGUGCUUUAGCUGAAGCAAUUCGCACAUGGAAGAGCAAUUUUGAUAAGGAGUUUGAAGGUGUUGAGGAGUGCCCUAUAUGUUACAGUGUCCUCCACACUUCAAACCAUAGCCUUCCACGGCUAGCUUGCAAAACCUGCAAACACAAGUUCCAUUCAGCCUGCCUCUACAAGUGGUUCUCCACUUCUCACAAGUCAACUUGUCCAUUGUGUCAAUCUCCUUUUUGAUCAUAUCAUCCAAAGUAGUGAUGUCUUCCUAGAGCAGUAAAUAUAAUUUUUCCUUUGGAUAGCUCUUAAUUUCGUUGUCUGUCACUUAUGCCAAUGGUGGUGACUGUGACACAAGAUUUGUGGGUUGACAUACCCUUCCUACAGCGAAUUUGGAGCUUCUAUGGUUGCUUUUAUCAUGUCAUAAUAUGAGAAUUGAGAUGGUUAGCUCUUCGAGUUAGCAGCUUCAAGAUACAAAUGAGCUAAGAUGGAUAUUUCCAUACCUUGGAGGGGAGGUUAAAUAUGUUUAUUUGCAUUUGUAAAGCGGGUGCCGAAAUUUUUUGGCGGACAGGCAAGCAGACAGUUUUCUCCAAUGGUGUCUGGCUUAUUGCCACAGUAUUGGCAGCUGUUGAAUGGUGUUUACAUAUAAUUAUGUGGAAAAACAAGGAUGUAAAGAUUUGCCGUUGAUCUUAGAUAAAUUCCCUGUUUAAAGUUAUUCAUACGAGAGAGAGAUUAGAUAGAGAGGUGUAUUUUGUUUUAACUAUUUGUUAGGAUUUCUCCUUACGCCAUUUUUGCUGUUUUCCCCUUUUUGUAAGGUUCAACUUUUGAGAUAGUUGAUAGAGUUUGAGCUAUGCUAUCCAAGUCCAAAAGAAUAUAUGCUCUGCCUCCUAAUAGAUCGAGGAGAGGGAUUUACUCUGAUCUAAAACUCUAGCAUAUUGUGUUAAUUCUCUGUGUGAACUCUUGAACAAUCUAUGGGUGUUUGAACUUUAACAAGUCAAAAUUUUGCACACUA